UGAUGAUGAUCCUGCUCGUGCUGCUUCUCGCCGUCUCUGUUCUCUGGUGAAAGUGGCCACUGCUGUUAGGAAGAGAAAUAGAGAUGUAGAGGGCGGAAGAGAAUGUUUUCCAUGUUUAUGCUUAAAUAUGCAAAGGGGCGUGGCCAGGCUCACAGAGUUCAGGGCCAGGAGAGAAACGGCACAUGUGUGUGUAAGGUGAACAGCACAGUUUGGGCUUUUCCUACUGCAAAGUAUGACGGUGUGACAGAACUGCUGCAGAACUGCCAAAACUCACAGCAGCAUCUCCAAACACAGACAGCUGCAAGCGAUAUGACGAUGCCAGAGAUGGAGAUGAAGCUGACAAACAUAACACAGCGACUAGAGAAGUACCAGUACCUGAACACUCAGGGUCUGUACAACACUCUACACUUAAAGCAGUUCAGCCUGGAGAUCCAGCACCUACAUGACACCAUGAGUAACGUAAAACCUGGUAGGGAGGCACAGCAGAUACGCACAGAGUUGCAGAAGUUUCAGAAGGAUGUGGAUAAGAUGUACAAGAAAAACUUCUACAACAUGGAAACAGUAAGGGAGAAGUUACGCUCUCUAAAUAACCGCGUUCAGACCUGCAGGACCAUCCCUCAAGACUUCCUCAGCUCUUGUUCUCAGCGUAUGAUGACAAAUAUUAGUGCUCCAGUGGUCACUAAAAUGAACCCAUUCAGUACGUCUUAUAUCGCUGGAGCUUGGGGUCAUGACAUCUAUAAUGAUACUGAGAAUUAUUGGAUCCAGCCUCUAGCUAGUGGGCACAGGAUGGGCAUCAGUGUGCGCUUUUACAAGACUUAUGAAGACUUUAUGGCUGAAAGGAACCACAAAGAUGAAUCAGUCACUGACUCAUACACUCACGCUAACGCCAUUCAGGGUCCAGGGACCAUCGUUUAUAAGGGUGUAGUGUAUUAUCAGUGCUAUAACACGCCUGAACUCUGUGCCUUUGAUGUAAAAACCAAGCAAUUCCGACGUCUCGCACUUCCUGAUGCCGGAUUCAACAACAAAUUUCCCUACUGCUACUACAACUGCUUCGACUGGACGGAUAUCAACCUCUCGGCUGACGACAAGGGCUUGUGGGCAAUUUACGCCACGGAAGCAAACCACGGGAACAUGGUGGUGAGUCGAGUGGACUUCGAUAACUUUAACGUAACACACACCUGGAAGACACGUCUGUUCAAGCGCUCGGUGACCAACGCCUUUAUGGUGUGUGGGGUGCUUUACGCAACUCGCUUCAUAAACACCUACAAAGAAGAAGUGUUCUACGCCUUCGACACGACCACAGGGGCCGAGAACAACAUGCUCUCAAUCCCUAUUGAGAAAGUAGCAGGGGGCGUCGCCAACCUUCACUUCAACCCCAUAGACAUGAAGCUCUACAUGUACAAUGGUGGCUACAUGCUCGCCUACCGAGCUUACUUCUGAAAUAUAGAUGUAAUGCAACAUGAUCACCAGUAUAAUAUAGAAUCAGACUGAAACUUCAUUACAUGCAGUGAAUUGGUUUUUGUCUCAUUUAAACUUAUAAAUUCUUUUAUCAUGCUUUGUUUCUAGCCUUAACAUACGGCACUGACUGAAAUUGAUAUCACAUCCAAUUACAUUUUAUUUGUUUAUUGCUUUUUACAAUUGACAUUGUCUCAAAGCAGCUUUACACAGAUAAUGUGGUAAUAAAAAAUGAAUAAGAUUUCCUCCAUCCACUUCGCUAUGAACAAGUCCUGCAACUAAACUGAAUGGUUUAUUGCUUAUCUUUUACAAUUUAACUGGAAUUGUGAUCUAUAUAAAACAUAUGUACUGUUUGAGUUUUGUAAAGUGGUAUACUGCUCCCCCCUGCAUUGCUCAGAGCGAGCUUUGAAAGUAGAGCUUCAAUAAAUAGAAAUGAAUCUUU